CUUGGUAUGAUUCAACGGUUCGGAUGCGCCUAAUAAACAACCUAAUUUGCCUCGCGCAUCCUCGUCGCUGUUUCUCCUCAGUCAUCACCUUCCUUCGUCUAAAACCUCACACAGAGACCGAGCUCCCCCAAAACCCUAAACGCCCAAAGUAUUAAUCACAAAGAUACGAAGCUGAAAUUGCAAACGCUGAAACUCAAUAUUCUUGAAAUCCAUGGCUCGCUUCAAAAAUAAGAAGAAGGUGUUUGUGAAGCCGGUUUCGACGAAGAAGCAGGCUAAUGUGGACCAUAUCACAGGGGAUAAAAUCCCAAGGAGCUUUGUGUUUUCCAGAUGCAAGUUGCCUGGUCCUCUGAGGCAGCUUCAAGCUGAUUUGAGGAAGCUCAUGCUUCCCUACACUGCCCUUAAGCUUAAGGAGAAGAGGCGGAACAAUCUUAGAGACUUUCUGAAUGUAGCCGGGCCUAUGGGGGUUACACAUUUCCUCAUGUUGUCGAAAACUCCAACUGCACCAUACCUUAGGGUUGCGAGGACACCUCAAGGCCCAACGCUUACAUUUAAGAUACAGGAGUAUUCUUUGGCGGUUGAUAUUGCGCGGUCUCAAAAGCGUCCUAGAUGCCCGGCAGAUCUUUUUAAGAAUGCCCCCUUGAUUGUUCUUUCUGGUUUUGGGACUGGAGAGCAACAUUUGAAGCUCACAACGAUACUGUUUCAGAACAUCUUUCCAGCCAUUGAUGUUAACACUGUGAAACUUUCUUCAUGCCAAAGAAUAGUGUUGCUUAAUUACAACAAGGACACAAAACUGAUUGAUUUCCGGCAUUACUCCAUAAGAUUACAGCCUGUGGGUGUCUCCCAGAGAUUAAGAAGAUUUGUUCAGAACCAUCAAGUCCCUGAUCUAAGAAAUCUUCAAGACGUGAGUGACUUUGUCACAAAGGCUGGUUACGGAUCAGAAAGUGAAGCAGAUGAUGAGGCAGCGACGGUGACUUUGGCUAAUGAUCUAGGUAGGGUUAAUCGGGCUUCCUCUAAAAGUGCCGUCAAGCUUCAAGAGAUAGGACCCAGAAUGACUCUUCAACUCAUGAAGAUUGAGGAAGGUUUGUGCACCGGUGGAGUCAUCUUCAGUGAAUAUGGAAAUGGCGAUGGGAAGAAAAAGGAAGACAACCAUGAAGAUGAGGAAAACGAUGACGAAGAUGAAGAAAUUGAUGAUGAAGAUGAGGAAAAUGAUGAAGAAGAUGGUGAAGAUAUCGACGAAGACUAACAAUUUCAGAAGCUGUCUUUCCUGUUAUACGUUGAUAUUCCGUUUGUAAUCGUCAACAAUUUGAGUGUUUGCAGUCUAUUAAAAGACUGAAAUUUUGAUGCACCCAUCAAUACAUAUGUUUUGAGGAUCCAA